AUGACAUCUACACUGCCAGAAGUGGUACAAGAAUUUAGCAGUGCUUUGCAGACGGAUUUGCAAACCAAUGAUCGGAUGCAAAUUGAUAUGCUCACAGAAAUUGCUAAUGAUAAUAUUGAAUAUUGUCGGGAUAUUGCUAAAGUAUUGUGCACAAGAAUUAAUAUUGCUCCUGCCCCUCAGAAAAUCAUCUCCCUCUAUCUUUUAGAUUCCAUAGCUAAACGAAUUGGAAAACAAUACGUUGAAGAGUUUAAAAAACAAAUUUCCGAUGUCUUCUUUCGAGCAUACAAAGAGAAUAAAGACGAUCCCAAGAUGAGAGCAAGUUAUUUGAAGCUAUUGGGAACUUGGAAUGAAGUAUUCGGAGAGGAAAAAGUAAGAGAAAUUCAAAAUAGAAUUAGAGGUUUGGAAACAAAAACACCAUCAGGUGGAACCGUGGCAGGAAAAACAACCGCUGCUUCCAGUUCUGCAUUAUCUGCAUCAGAACAAGAACUUUUAGUGAAAUUAGCAGAUGCACUCAAAAGAAAUCCAGAAUUAAUCAAUGAUCCAAAAACUGCUGCAUUGUUCUCUCAGUUGACUGCCAAGUUGAGUGGCACAGCGUCCAUUCCUUCCGCACAACCAUCCCUAAUCCCCUCGCAACAACAGCAACAACAACCCUCAUGGACGCCCAUGAAUCCCUAUUCCACCUCGUCUUCUUCUUCAAAUGUUGCCUUAAAUCCCUAUGCCACCUCAUCCAUUGGAGCAAUGCUUGGACAAACUGUACAAAUGUAUCAUCCUGGACAUUCAAUGUUAGCACCACAAUCGCUUGUUGGUUCUUCUUCUGCUGCUGCCUCUCAGAUGAAUAAACCUACAUCGACAACAAGUAAGGGUGUGCAUCGUCUCUAUGAUGCGCUUCCACAUCAGUGUAUGAAUUGUGGUGUCCGUUUGCCCACACAAAAACAAUUGAGUGAACAUUUGGAUCUUCAUGGCAAGACAACUCAAUUCUUUAGAACGAAUAAGGACCUUUCACGAAAGUGGUACUUGACCGAAGAUGAAUGGAUGACUGCACCCAACCUCCCCACAAGUGCUCUUCACUGUCCAGGUGUCAUUAUAUUUGCAGACUCUUUUUCUGGUUUCUUACAUCAUCGAGGUAAGGGUUCUGCAUCAUCGACGGCCUCCUCUUCCUCUUCCUCCUCUCUUUCCACAAAACCAAUUUCAGCACUUGAUUUCUUUCAAACAGGAACAAAAACGACCACCACCACUUCCAGUAGUACAACCUCAAUGAAUAAUAAUACUACAAAACACGAAGAUGUUAUUGCAAAUACUGAACAAGACACUUGUCCAAUUUGUCACGAGGAGCUUGACAAGUAUUACAAUACAGAGACCAACGAAUGGAUGAUUCGAGGAGCUGUUUUUGAUGAGUCCUCUCAACUCUAUGUCCAUAAUUUUUGUGCUCCCUCUGCCGUUUCGUCUAAUUUAUUGAAAAGAAAGUCCAUGAUGGAUGGUAGUGAUGUUGCCUCGAGUGAUGAUGGUGGCAACGAUGGCGAUACCUCCUCAUUUGAACCAUCCACUAAGAAAGUUAAGCAAGAGCAGUAA